AGUUCUUUCGCGCGUAUUACUUUUUAACGCCGCUUAACGCGCGUACGCCUGGACUUCAUAAGCCUUCUUCUCGUUUAUAUCGGGACCAUUGGAACUCAUUCUGGUGUGUUAACCGGGCGAAAGAACAACCAGCAACAUUAAUAACAACAACAUCAACAGUCAUUAUCAACGUACCUCUUGAGCUGCUAACCAAGACAGAAAGAAAAAGAACCAUCUUCAUCAUUAUGCUGAGAAAGAACAAGACAUUGCAGAAUCGAUAUGUGUACUAUAUAAAACUAAAAUGUUAAGAAGAACCUUAAUUCAUUACGGUUUUGUGUAUCGUGGCGGUAACACGUACGCGUGGCAUUGAAAUUAAGCAAAUCGAGACAAGUACCUGCCUAGGUUUGAGAUCGAUGGACACCGUUCGGCUAUUAGAGUGGAAAUUUGAUACAAAAAACAAGAAGCAUUCAAGUGACUAGGAGUUGAACUGUUGAAAAGUGAACCGAUUACAAACAAGCUUGCGCUGAACAAUUGUCUACCAGAGUUGUGAAGAGAUUGACUGAAACCGGAAUCUUAAGGAGUAAAAAUGUGGCACUUAAAAUAUCUUUCUAUAUUCAUUGCUAUUCUCGUUAUAAUCAACGAAAGUGAUGCACAGUUCAAGAUCCUCGGCAUUACAUCCGGCCGCUCGAACAGUGACGGCGGAGAACUUGCAUUGGUCCAAAUCAAGCCAUUACAACUGAAUGAGACAGAAGUAGUUGAGCCUAGAUCGUUCAAAGAAGCACGCAUAUCAACCAUCAGUCCAAUCGACAUAACAACAUCAACCACUGAUCGCUCCACUACGGUCGAAACUCAAACGAGUAAAAUAAUAAAACUCCAAAUUAUGGAUUCAUCUGAAGCUCGAAACAUUUCAACCAGAGAAAGAAAACUACAGUAUGAAAACCACCGCACGGACAACAUCAUCAACAUAAGUCCACUGAAACCUGUCUCGCUACACGGUGGUCCAUCGUCAUCGCAUCGCAGAAGAGCAACGGGAUCGAUCAAACUCACGGGCGAAUCCGAUUUGUUCUACAUCCAAAAACCCUCCUCACCGGCGCCGUUCAAAAAACACCACCAACCGAAGGAAAACGACGUUAUCAGUGAUUUUGUGAUUCAGCGGUACAAACGCCGGAAAUACAAGUCCAAGUGCCGCUGUGAACGAAUCUGGAACUGCCCACGAAUUCAGAUCUCAAUAGCUAGAUGCGCACCCGACUAUUUUAUGUGCUGCUUCUAACGGUGGCAAUUAGCGAGAAAAUCUUAAGAGUGAUAAAUUAGGCUUAGAAUCGUAUUUAUAAUUAUUUAUGCAAUAAAAACACCACAAACAA